AUGCACCUGCCGGGUUGCGCCUCUGCCAUGGCCGAAGGCAGCUUCUCGCUCGCCGGCCACCUGCUCCGCGGGCAGGGAGGGAGCUCGUCGCGGCUGCAUAGCAUCGAAGCCAUCCUGGGUUUUGCCAAGAACGACGGAGUUCUCGGAGCCAGGAGGCCGGGCGCGCGGGCCGCCUGCCCCAGGGCGCUGGGGGAAGGCGCAGAGCCCUCCGCAGGGCCCGGCCCCGAACCCACCGCCAACUCCGAAGCCUCUCGGCCCUACUGCUCCAAGGACGCUGGAGAGGUGCGGCCGAGCCCCGGGCUGCCCAUUGGGCCUGCAGACAGCGGCGGCGGCGGAGGCGACGCGAAACCCGGGGAAGAGCAGCCCAAGAAAAAGCACCGGAGGAACCGCACCACCUUCACCACCUACCAGCUGCACGAGCUAGAACGCGCCUUCGAGAAGUCGCACUACCCCGAUGUGUAUAGCCGCGAGGAGCUGGCGGGCAAGGUCAACCUUCCUGAGGUCCGAGUGCAGGUGUGGUUCCAGAACCGUCGGGCCAAGUGGCGGCGGCAGGAGAAGCAAGAAGUGUCGUCCAUGAAGCUGCAGGACUCGCCGCUCCUCACCUUCAGCCGUUCCCCGCCCGCCGCGGCUCUGGCACCCCUCGGCCCGGGCCCCGGGGGUGGCAGCGCCGGCGGCGGCGGAGCCUGUGGACCCCCGGGGGGCGCGCUACCUCUGGAGUCGUGGCUCGGGCCGCCGCCGCCCAGCCUGCCCGCCAGCUACUCGCCGCCGCCACCGCCGCCCUUUCUCCACUCACCUCCGCUGGGCCCCGGCCUGCAGCCGCUCGGGCCGCCGCCGCCGCCCGCCUACCCGUGCGGCCCGGGCUUCAGCGACAAGUGCCCGCUGGAGGAAGCCGACCCGCGCAACAGCAGCAUCGCGGCGUUGCGCCUCAAGGCCAAGGAGCACAUCCAGGCCAUCGGGAAGCCCUGGCCCUCUCUCUAA